UAGCUGGGUAGUAACAUGCUUGACGCUCGUCCUCAGUCUCAGCGGACAAGAGAUUCGAAUCGAAAGCGAAUUAAAGCGCCGGUCACGGGGGCUAUAGAAAGCCCGGCCACUGGCCAAGAGCAUGCAUCCCCCAUUCCUUUUCCUUUCCGUAGCUUUCUUCUUUGCCGCUUUGCGUGCCUCCCUCCCCCUCUGUCUCGUCCGCAGCAGCCAGCGGCUGGGACGAUGAGGUCGUCGGCGGUGGCGGUGCCAGUGCCGGUGCGGCGGCAGCUGCUGCCAUGCUUGGCCCUGCUGCUUCUUGCGGGUGCGGCGUCCGCCCAGGCCCAGAAGUACAACGCGGUGUUCAACUUCGGCGACUCCAUCACUGACACGGGCAACCUGUGCACGAGCGGGAAGCCGACGGCGAUCACCUUCACGCAGCCGCCCUACGGCGAGACCUACUUCGGCACCCCCACCUGCCGGUGCUCCGACGGCCGCGUCAUCGUCGACUUCCUCAGCACCAAGUUUGGGGUGCCGUUCCUGCCACCGUCCAAGGCGAACGGCACGGACUUCAAGCAGGGCGCGAACAUGGCCAUCACGGGGGCGACGGCCAUGGACGCGCCCUUCUUCCGCGGCCUCGGCCUCUCGGACAAGAUCUGGAACAACGGGCCCAUCAGCUUCCAGAUCCAGUGGUUCCAGCAGAUCACCGCCACCGUGUGCGGGAACGACUGCAAGCGGUACCUGCGGGACUCGCUGGUGGUGUUCGGCGAGUUCGGCGGCAACGACUACAACGCGAUGCUGUUCGGCAACUACAACCCGGACCAAGCGAGCCGGUACACGACCAAGAUCGUCAACACCAUCAUCAGGGGCGUGGAGAAGGUGGUGGCCAUGGGGGCCAGGGAUGUGGUGGUGCCCGGGGUGCUCCCCAUCGGGUGCUUCCCCAUCUACCUCACUGUCUACGGCACCAACAGCAGCGCCGACUACGACAGCCUCGGCUGCCUCCGCAAGUUCAACGACCUCUCCACGUUCCACAACAACCUGCUCCAGGCCAAGAUUGCCCGCCUCCGGAAGCGCUACGGCCGGGCGGCGCGGAUCAUGUACGCCGACUUCUACUCCGCCGUCUACGACAUGGUCCAGAACCCAAGCAAAUACGGUUUCAACGCGGUUUUCGAGGCGUGCUGCGGCUCCGGGGGAGGCAAGUACAACUACGCCAACAGAGCGCGGUGCGGGAUGCCGGGCGCGGCGGCGUGCGCCAACCCGGCCGACCACCUCAGCUGGGACGGCAUCCACCUCACCGAGGCAGCAUACAAGCACAUCAGCGACGGCUGGCUCAACGGGCCCUACUCCAGCCCGCCCAUCCUCCACACAUAAACAUUAUUUUAUUUAUUUAUUUAUUAUGUGGAGCUGUGGUAGUAUUAUUUAUUAUUUGCUCAGAGGUUGAGUUUUCCUAAUGGAAAAAGGAAAUUUGAUUCAGUGGCCUAUGGUGGUGCUGAGAUUAUAAUGUAUACGUUGCCCAAGAAAAAAAUUUGGAGGAAACUCUCGAAUAAAGUGUAAUUGCUUUCGUCCA